AUGAUGCUGGAUUUUGCUAUACUUAUUUUGAUGACGUUUCAUCUGCACGGACGAACUGCAUUCGAUACACAUGUGCACAUUCUUUUGGUCCAAGCAAUAAUAUUCGCAGUUAUAUCAAACUUUGCAGAACUUAUUUCUGAUUAUAAUACAAUCUUCAGUUUGAUACGCAACUUUUGGUACGUUUUAGUUGGUGCAUGGCUCUGUCAGAUUGGAUUCGACCUUUAUCCACCAUGGAGUUGGUUACCUAUGUGGGAUCAGGAUGAUACAAAAUCGAUCGUACAUGUGAAUAACAUUUUCUCAUACCAUAUGAUAAUAAUCAGCUUGGCUAUAAUAAUUAUUAUGUACAUUUUGAAUCCGAAACGUGAGUAUUCUUCUGAACAAAAUCUACGAGAAUCCUCUGUGAAACAAUGUUAGUCAUGAUCAGUUGACGAGUAUCGAGCAUGAUCGAAAAUCAUUAAAAAU